CUUCCCUAAGUUUUGAACAGCGGUCCAAAUGAAGUUUCUAUAUCUGAUAUUUUUGGCAACGUCAGUUGCUGGCCGAUUCACUGAUGAUUUGUACCAACUUUUGGCCAAAGACAAUGCCAACAAGAAUCUUAUUUCGUCGCCUCUCUCCGUCGAUAUUGCCUUGAGUAUGGUCUACAUGGGAGCUGGGGGAAAUACAGCCCAAGAAAUGAAGGACGUUUUGAAACAUCCCACGGAUAAAAAGGAAGUGGCUCGAAAAUAUAAGGAUUUUCUGACAAAUCUCGAAGGUCGCGAGAAGGUGGCCAUCCUCGAUCUGGCCAACCGUAUAUACGUAAAUAAUGGCUUCACUAUAGUUCCGGAGUUCAAUCAAGUGGUCAAGGGCUCCUUUAAGGCCGAAGCGGAGGCUAUCAGCAUAAGCGAUCCUAGUAAAGCCGCCUCGAUCGUCAAUAAGUGGGUGAACGAUCAGACGCGCAGCAGGAUCAAAACCAUUGUUUCGGAAGAAGAUAUAACCUCGGAUCUGGUAAUGAUUCUCUUGAAUGCAAUUUACUUCAAAGGCCAGUGGCAGUACGAAUUCGACCCUAAAAGGACCAAACAGGCCGACUUUCGAACUUCCGACAAAAAAACCGUUCCUGUCCAGAUGAUGUCGCUAUCGGGCGCAUUUAGGGCGGGAUAUGUUCCCGACCUGGGUUCUAAAAUGAUCGAGCUUCCUUACCGGAACUCAAGCCUCUACAUGGUUAUCUAUUUGCCGGAAAAACUCGAUGGCUUGCCAGAAUUGGAGCAGAAAAUGGCGGGCUUUUCCAUAAACUUACCAAAUCGGAAUGUACUUUUAAAGUUACCAAAGUUUAAAAUCGAAUUUUCCUCAGAGCUAAAGGGUAUUCUUGCGCCGAUGGGCAUACGAGAUGCAUUUACUAGUGCUGCUGAUUUUGGAGGUCUGGUUAAGUCUUCAGGAGCCAAGAUCAGCAGAGUCAUACACAAGGCCUUCAUUGAGGUUAACGAAGAGGGUGCCGAGGCAGCAGCUCUUACAGCUAUUGAAAGGAUGAAUAUUUGCAAGGGAUGCGGUCCUCCGGGUCCUUUGGAGUUUAAUGCCGAUCAUCCGUUUGCCUACGUCAUUCGCGAUGAGAACACUAUUUACUUUCAGGGGCACUUCGUAGGACCAGAAAAAUAAAGUUAGUCGACAGGGACGGACAGAAUGGCAAUUAUUGGAUACACCUUAAUCCGUUCACCAACUUCUUAAUAAAUAAAGAAAUUCCCUAUCCUAUAGAAAAAAGUUACCUUAUGCCAAGUUACCUUCUAUAACUUUAGGGUGGUUCGAAAAAUAGAAACUUUGUGCAAAAAAUGCAUUCAUAAGCUAAAAGAUAUUUGUUCAGUUGAAUUACCGCCUAUGUGGUCUUAAAUGUACCAUAUAAAUUGGUUAUACGACACGUAUGACAGUUAGAAUUUUGAUAUCAUUUCUAACCUUGUCAACUGAUUGAAUCCGCUUGAAUAAUUGUUCAAUUAAAAGAGAGCAAACAAGAGUUUGGUUGUAUUCUACGCCAUCUAGAUCAAAACAAACGUUUGGUCUAAGGCAACAGUACGUAUAAGUGAUAUACUUUGAAGAUAAAGCACAGAACCUCAAAACCAUUUUUUUGUUCGGUAUUUUUUGAAUAUUUAUUUUUUGUGUGCACCUCAUUACCAGUUUUGAUUGCAUUUGUACUUACAACUACAAGGUUUGCAAGACUCAUAAUAUAAAACUUAGGACUCGUGUCUGAUUUCACAC